ACAGGUGGUCGGUCCCCUGAGAGCGGGAGAGUGAUUAUUUCCCUCAUUGCACAGAGGAGUAAAUGAGGCCCCAGCGGGGCGUGGGAUCCAUCCCUUCCUCAAGGGACGCCCGGUUCCACCCUUUGCCAGAGGAGCGGGGCCGUCCCUGUUCCAGUGCCCACCAGGGGGCCUCCUGAGGCUAGUUUAAAAUGAGGUUUUUCCUGUGCUACCCCCAGAGCACCUGCUGGGUGCAGGUCGGGAGCGGGACUCCCGUUUCCCUGCAGCUCUCUAGCAGGUAUCACAGGUGGUUUAAAAGUUAACAGAAUAUUACGAGACACAAAGGAACGACAGGAGAGGUGCUGCGGGUGCUGUCCCUUGGGCAGAUUGGAGAGGGCCAGGGGAGAGUAUGGGAAGCCAGAGGCUGCUGUGAAUUGUGCCCUGGGCCAAUUGAGGAAGCCACAGUGCCUGACAUCAGAUUUGAAAGAUUGGAUUUAGGCUAAAAAGUAUUGCCUUGGGGUAGAACAGAAGAGGGAGCCAACGUGGACAUCUGCUGGGGGAGUGUCCCCUUGGUCUAGAGGUGCAAUGCAGACAGGAAAGCAGGCAUUGAGAACCUUCCCUGUGAACUUCAGAGGAACUUCCAGCUGAUGCGAGAGCUGGACCAGAGGACAGAAGAUAAAAAAGCAGAAAUCGACCUCUUGGCUGCAGAGUAUAUCUCCACAGUGAAGACCCUUUCCCCAGACCAGCGUGUGGCGCACCUGCAGAAGAUCCAGAGCGCCUACAGCAAGUGCAAGGAGUAUAGCGAUGACAAGGUGCAGCUGGCCAUGCAGACCUACGAGAUGGUGGAUAAACACAUCCGGAGGCUUGAUGCUGACCUGGCACGCUUUGAAGCCGACUUGAAGGACAAGAUGGAUGGCAAUGACUUUGACAGCCCCGGAGGACGAGGGUUGAAAAAAGGACGAGGUCAGAAAGAAAAAAGAGGCUCCCGGGGCCGUGGCAGAAGGACCUCAGAAGAAGAUACUCCCAAGAAGAAGAAACACAAAGGAGGGUCUGAGUUCACGGACACCAUCCUGUCCGUGCACCCCUCGGAUGUGCUGGACAUGCCUGUGGAUCCCAACGAGCCCACGUACUGCCUGUGCCACCAGGUGUCCUACGGGGAGAUGAUCGGCUGCGACAACCCAGAUGUGCGCAUUGAGAACCUUCCCUGUGAACUUCAGAGGAACUUCCAGCUGAUGCGAGAGCUGGACCAGAGGACAGAAGAUAAAAAAGCAGAAAUCGACCUCUUGGCUGCAGAGUAUAUCUCCACAGUGAAGACCCUUUCCCCAGACCAGCGUGUGGCGCACCUGCAGAAGAUCCAGAGCGCCUACAGCAAGUGCAAGGAGUAUAGCGAUGACAAGGUGCAGCUGGCCAUGCAGACCUACGAGAUGGUUCUGUCCACGGUGCGUUCAGGACAAGAGGAAGAAGAAGUGAGGAAAGGCUGUAUUCCUGGGGAGAUGAGUCCACAGGCUCUUUCGUCCACGUCGCAAUACGUUUUUGAUUUUAAAACUACCUUAUUUAACUGA